UGUAGGUUGUUGUGGUGCCAGGCGAUGGCCAAGCAUACGAAGGCGAAAUACGUGCUUUUGAUUUUCACUACAAUCUUGUUGCUAUACGGUUCAAGGCAAAUUCUCCACUCCGAAGUGCUAAAUUGAGGCUUGUUGAUGACUCAGUCAAUAUAAAUCCUCAACACGGCCUUGGUGAAGAGACGGCGUUUCAACUUAAACGCCAUUCGUCUUUGUUUAAGCUCUUUCCGGGUCAGGCUGUAAUAGGCAUUGGACGGUAUUUUGCUGAGCCUUACGAACUCAUGGCUGCUCCUGGUGAAUUUAGUCUUGGCUGCUGUGAUUAUGAUUGUAAAGAGCUUUUUCAAGCAUUGUGCAGAAUGACAAGUUGCGGUGAUGGGGGCCCACUUAUCAAUCAAUCUGGAGAAGUCAUUGGCAUUGCAUUUUAUGAUAUUUUUCAGACUCCUUUUCUUCCAAUAAACCUAGUUUGCAAGUGGUGGGAGCACUACAAAAGACAUGGGGAACUUCGCCGGUCUUUUGUGGCAAUGCAAGCCACUAAUUUGUAUGCUGCUGAUCUUGAACUUGUGGAUAGGAUUAUCCGGAAAUUUCCAAGCAUUUACAAAGGUGUUAUUGUUGAACAGGUCAUUUCAGGGUCAUCUUUAUGUGUGGAUGAUGUCAUAAUUGAGUGUGCUGGGAGAGCUGUUCACAGUUUUUUAGAGUUAUGUGAGAUGAUGUGGGACAAUGUUGGAGAUGCGGUGGAUUUGGUAGUGGCACGGGCAGAUCACGACACUCUUUUAAAGCUCAAGAUGACGGUGACUGAGGCUACACCAGAUAAGCUUAAUCGUUGGCACCAUUGGCGUAGGUAGCAGCACACAAGGGCGGAGCUUCUUUUUUUUAUGUUACUCUAAGUUAUUUGUAUAUGGAGAUAUAUACUGCCUUUUUUUGUCAUUACAUAAGGCGUCUUCCAUAUUUUCAAUGCUUCCCUACCCCCACCCAAAGCUGCAAUCCUCGCUCUGCCAUUGGUUUCAUGAUACCUGGAGCGCUAACUUAUUUGUAUCAUGUGAUAUAUGUAUAAUCUGUUUUUCUUUUUGUCAUCACAUUUGAAACUUUUUAAGAAAUAUUUAUAGAAAUA